GUUGCCACAUCCACUUCUCCGACGAGGCUGCAAUUGCUAUACGUUUGUCUUGUGAGCGAAGACGUGUGCUGAAAAAGAAUUCUUCGAAGGAGAUAGAUUUUGACUCGAACGACCUGGUGAAAAACAUGCAAACAUAAAGUUUAUGCAACCAGCACCUGUAAAUGUAAAUGCACUUGUUGUUUGUGUCGAUCGCGUUUUCGUUCUUGUCUUGAAUUAGAAUCGAACCUCAAAAGAUGCAGCACUCCUCUCCCGGACCGCGCUGAUUGUCAACUGAUAAUAUUGAAAUAAGCGGUUCUUUGGCGGGGCCCAGCACGACACGAGCGCCAGCACGAAGACGCACUACUUGUUCCGAUAACGUCGACAACUGCUGACGGUUACGCCCAAGAACAUUGAAAGCCCUCGUCUUGCUCCUCCCUGUUUGUUCGUGCCGACGUGGUCACCAUGGAAUCUGCCAGUUUCCACGACUUUCGGAUCGUGCAGGAGCUCGGCCGCGGGUCCUUCGGCACGGUGUAUAAGGCAAAAUGGAACCAAAACCAGCACCCGGGAUCCUCCUCCUCGCGCCCGACCAGCACGCGACCGGGGCCGCCUGGUGGAGACCCCGACGCGCAACCCUUUUUAGUGUUGAAGCGAAUUGACUUCAAGCCCUGGCACCAGGAGAAACACCGGCUGGCGGCGAAAAAAGAGGUGCAGAAGAUAGCUGGUUGAUGUGCAUGUGGAUAGGUGGUUUUUUGUUUUCGAAAUGAAACUUCGUCUCCUUUUUUCCACAUGCGAGGUAGAUUCCAACAUUUGUCACGGUCGGGUCGUAUCUAUCAACAAGACAAUGAAAUUUCUAUUCAGGUCCAGAUGCUCGCGAAGGUGCGGCACCCGAACAUUAUUCGGUACUACGGCAGCUUCACGUAUAAGGGCGCCCUGUUUAUCUGCAUGGAGUAUGCAAGCUGCGGAGACCUGCACCAGUUCAUUCAGAAGCGGCAGAGGAGGCAGGCGCAGUUGACAGAGGAUAUCAAAUGUAAAAAUGUCUGGGUCUGGAAAUUUGUAAUGCUAAAAGUGAAUGGGAGUUCCACCGCAAUACGGAGCCAAGCAUGACAAAUUUUUGGGCUCCUAUGUGUUGCGUGUUCCGCAUGGCAAACUGCGUUUUUGCAUGACAGGUAAGAGGACAGCUUUGUGCCCAUGCAUCACAGAUUCUUGAGCCAUGUCAGACAUCCAUGACAAACAUAGCAAUCUUCCAGACCCAGACAUUUUUACAUUUGACAGAGGACCUGCUUUGGAAAUUCGGGGACCAGCUCGUCGCUGCGAUUGCGUACUAACUACUGAUAUCAAAUGUAAAAAUGUCUGGGUCUGGAAGAAUGCAUGUUUGUCAUGCUUGUCUGGCAUGACUCUUAAAUCUGUCAUGCACGUUACCCAAGAGCUCAAUUUUUCUGUGAUGCAGGAACGCAGUUUGUCAUGCAGAAUAGGCAACACCUAGAAGCUCAGAAACUUCUCAUGCUGAGCCAGCAUUUGUGGCCUCAUCAUGAGACGCCACCCAGCAUCACAAGUUUCCAGACCCAGACAUUUUUACAUUUGAUAACUGAGGACACGACUGAGAAUAAAAACUUAAAAUAUCGAAAUCAUAAAUCAGUUUCCUUUCUUUUGCAGGAGAGAGAUAUCGUUUUCUCGGGUAUCACUCUUGUUUUUAUGCGAGUUGUGAUGAAAUUUCGUCAAUGUCUGAGAAGCGCAAGACAUAAAACAAACACUUAUUCACAUCUUCAACAAACUACAGGCACCUGCAUGGCAAUUCCAUCAUCCACCGGGAUUUGAAGCCUUUGAAUGUGUUUCUCGCCGAGGGUGACCGCAUCAAGGUUGGCGACUUGGGUGUUUCGAAACUGGUAGAGGAAUUCGACCAGAAUCACACGCGAGUGGGCACGCCACUGUACCUUGCGCCGGAACAGAUCAAGCAUCAAGGGUAGGAAACGAAAUUUCGGAUUUUCCGCUGGUAGACCAGCGACGAUAGCAACAUACUAGAGUGAGAACUUCAACUUUGAUAAUAUUGACAGCAUGACAGACAGAGACAGUCCUGAGAAGUGCCGAAGUGCAGAGAAACCGCAAUUUCGAGCGUAGUUGAAGAUCCAUAUAUACUUAUAUCCAUUGUCCAUUUCAAGAAUGCAAAAAAUUCCUCCGCCUCUUCCAUCAUCAGGUACGAUUUCAAGGUGGACAUUUGGGCUCUGGGUUGCCUGCUCUACCUGCUGACCGCGUUAGAGCCGCCGUUCCACGGGCAGAACCUGAUCCAGCUCGGCAACGACAUUGUGCGGAGAAAUCCCCGUCCUUUGAGCACCGGCUACAGCCCGGAGUGGCGCACGCUGGUGAUGCAACUGCUGACGAAGCGGCCACAGGAGCGACCAGACAUUUUCACGGUGGAAGCCACGCUGCGCGGGUCGCGCGGCAUUUUGUCCUCCAACAACGGUGGCAGUGGGGCUGGAGGAAGGACGCGAGGACACCAUGGUGGUGCAUCGACAACCUCUGGGCAACAAAACAAUGGGCAGAAUGUUGGUACAGUCUACUUUGAAACAAGCGUCGGCGCGUUUUGACGUUGCAGUGCUCGUUUUCGUACUAGUACAGAGCACAUGACCGCACAGUAGAGCCAGAGGUGCCCUUGUUUUCGUGUCAAUUUGAAGAUGCAUGAACUUGAUCAUCAUGAUCACACACCCUACGUGAAGAUCAUCUGCAUCAAACUGUAAAUAAAGAGCAAGUUGUGCAAUGAAAAAAACGCAGUAGACAAAUGCUUAUAUGCUUAUUCAGGUUUUCUCGACCCAGACGGACCGAAGGAGUUUCCCACCUCCGUGCGCCAAGUGAAAGGUCCCAUAUGACAGUGCACAACGCCGCCCCCUGCUAUCCCUCAUUUGCAAUGCGAAAAUACCAAAUCCACAUACUGCCUUGAAGCGCAAGUGUCUAGAUGAAAAGCUUUGGAACCUCUUCAGAAUUACUAUGAUGAGUGAGCAGGUUUGUCAUGCGGAAGCCAGAUAUCUGCCCUUGCUUGUGUUGUUGCUCUUGCAGCUCAUCGACGUUUACGGCAAGUGUUUAGGGGCCUGGGGGCCCACAAGUUGUGCACUUUGAUAUCCCGGCGGAGUUGCGCAGAUGAACAAGCGACCCAUGUCUGCCUACGUCAGACCGAGCACCGCGAGGCUGCUGGAGCGGGAGCAAGCGCAGCAAGAGAAUCUGAACCAGCACCAGAUGCACAACAACAUGCAAGAGAAAAACAAAAAUGGCAUUCCGACCCUGGUUGGCCACAGUCGGAGCACCAGCUCGUCUUCCACCACCAGUAAGGAUUCUAACAAGAACAAUAAACCCAGCAAUUUUUACAACAACGGCGAAGGUGGAUUUAUCGUCAACCAUGGAGUUGUAGCAGGAGCCGUAGAAAGCAACAGGAUUGAUCACAUCAUCGAAGUUGACCAGUAUAAUAACAACCACUACAACAAUCCUCGCCAUCAGGCCCCGCCCGUCCCGCUGGAGCUGGUCAACCAACAAAAAAACAACAAAUCCGGUGCAACUUCCACCGCCGCGAGGGCUGGUUCAUCCUCUUCUUCAAAUCGGGCCGACAUGAACUACGAUGGAGUGCACUUCAUACCAGCAGGAGCAGUGCCGGGAGGUACUGUAGGGACAAAUAGUACAACCGGAACAAAUCAGCAAGUGGGCGUAGGUCCUCCUGGUGGAACCUAUUCACAAAAUCCGCACUUUGUAGUUGGCUCCUCCUCUUCCGCACAACACCACCCUCAACAAAGGAACAACCCGACGCCUACAGCGGCAAACCCUGCACAGGUGCAGAUCACGUCAGGUGCGGCUCCUCCUGGGGAGAUGAGAAGUCAAAACCAAAACCUUCGCCCGCUCUCCGCACCGCAAAUCUACACGCGGAGAAGUAACAACAAGAAUAGCAACAAUCCCAUUCAGCACAUGCAGAUGAUGGCGAACGUGCAGCAGGGCGGCAGUUCGAGCAGCACUGCGAGAUUUAAUGCUGCUGGUGGGGCAACAUCGUCUUCUAGCGUGAAGAUCAUGAAUCGCCCCAUUUCGGCGACGACUCAACAAGUGCAGCAACAGUACAACGACGUGAAUGACACGAUAGACAAUACGACGGCGCAGAUAAUUAUUGACGACGACGACGGAAAUGUAGACGACGAUAUAGAAACCGCGGUUGCAAUAUGUCAUGUGAAAUCGCUUGCGCCCUUUGAUGGUUGCUGCAGAGUCGUGUAUAAUGCAAAAUAUAGCUGCACCUCGUCAAUCAAAAUCAAAUUCAGUAUCAAUAUGUAAACGGGCAAAGAAUUAUGUGUUGAACUCAAUUUUUCCUUUAUUUCGCUAAGAAGUGAAUGCCAGGUCGAGUGCGGAUGCGAUUUCCCCAGGUGGAUAUGCAAAUCACCACGCGCGGGUGCUAGGCGGUGGAAGUAAAAGCGAGGGUUUGACACAGACAACCUCGCAGGCCAGGUCACGGUCAAAUUCUCAGUCGCAUCGAAUCAUCAAGAUCCCGGCAAAAUUUGGCGGAGGCGGUAGUGGUACUGCUGCAGAUGUACUUGGUGUUGAUCAGCAAUGGAACGGUCUUGCGGAGGGUGGAGAGCCACCCGACCGCUUUGGAGAAGGAGCGCAAAUAACUAGUACAGGAGCUUCAGGUCAUCGUAAUAUUACACAGAAGCGACUGUCUGGUGUGAGCACUGCAGCAAGCGCAAGCACCACCGCGACGACCAAUGCCGCUAGUAUGGUGCAGAUGAUGCAACAACAUCAAGAACAGCCCUACGGGACGAGGAUGGCCAAUGCGAAAAUCAACCACGACCCAACGGCGUCAUAUAGCACCACGGCGGAGCAGACCAGAAAUGAUGCGUUCUUUACGACCACCGCGGAACAAACAUCCGGAGGAAUCGGAGCAACUGGUGCGCGGUCGCAGAAGUAUCCGGCUGGUGGGAGUUGGAACAACCAGCAAAAUCACGAUCCUGCUUCAUCCCACAAGAACCGUGGUAGAGACCAUCAACAUGAUGGAAGUGGUAGUUUUUACAACAGCAAUAUCGCGGCCGAGGAAGCAGCUCCACUUAAUUCGUUUUCGCAACAGGAACUGAUAGAGUCGGGAAAAAACAUGGAUUUGGCCGCGCGACACAUCAAACAGCAAUACGCCCUGUAUAACCAGUCGUAUCAAAUGCAAAAGUGUCUGGGUCUGGAAGAAUGCGAGUUUGUCAUGCUUGCCUGGCAUGACUCGAAAAUCUGUGUUGCAUAGGCACGAAAAGGCCCUCUUACCUGUCAUGCAAAAACGCAGCUUGCCAUGGGGAAUACGUAAGACAUGGCAGCCAAAAAAUUUGUCAUGCAUAACUGCGUAUUCCAGUGCGUCUAUCAUUCACUUUUAGCAUUACAAGUUUCCAGACCCAGACAUGUUUGCAAUCCAUAAGUCGAACGCGGCGAUAAGAAGUGCUGCAGGCGAUGACGUCCAGCAGUAUGGUCAUGCAGACGAUCAUUCCCGUGGAACUACAACUUCUAGAGGCCGCCCCCCAGACCCUCGCGCCGUAAAGACCACGACAGCACCGGGCGGAGGUUCCUCUUGUAGCAACGCAGACGGCCAACAACAUAUCAGUUCCCAGCAGCCACAGAUGGUUGCAGCCCAGCAUGUGCCGGUGAAAAGGUUGACGCAAAGUCAGCACCUGCCGACGGGCGGAAGUGGAUCAUCUUCUGCCUCCAGGUCGCGCAGUCUGAACAGGAACGGCAUUUACGAACAAGAAGACGUCGACUACAUGCGCAGCUCCUCUGGUGGCGUGGCAGGAACUACAGGACAAGUACAUGGUGCUGGACAAGUACAACCUCCAGAGGUACAAGCUGUCUCUGCUAGCACAUCCGGACCACAGAUAGUACCAGCGAACAAAGUUUUUUCACGCUCCACCACGUCGUCGGCUGCUCCUGCUGCACACCAGCUGCACCAACAAGUCAACAUGUCGCGUCCCUCGAGCGCAGCCGUCGCGGUGGAGGUAAAGGCACCACGCACGAUGACCCGACCGUACGCGAACAGACCCCGGACCGCGGGGUGCAGUCGGAGUGCGGCUGCUGCUGGAAGCACGAACGGGGGCGGGUUUCUUGCAGACCUGGCGCAUCACCAAGUAGGUGGCUCCUCCUCUGCGUCAGGUGUACAGAAACCCAUGCACCUAUUCGGCGCACAGCCGGUCUUCAACGACGGCGCCGUUGUAAACAAGGCGGGGACGGCGAACAAGGCCAAAGUCCGGAUUAGCGUGCAUGAUCUAGCUUGACGAUGCGGUCGUGCUUGUUGGGAUUCAAUAUUGCCAACGAUCCCGCGGAGGAUAAGUAUUCGAGUCCAGGGAACGCAGUAGAUGAAAUGAAAUGCCAAUGGAAGCUCAAACCAAAAACUAACAGGUAGCUGAAGUUUGGAAAAUUGCAAAAUGAAAAUGUUGACACAGAGAUACUUAGAUGUACACGACGAACAGAAGGAGAGCUGUCUACUCUACAUGUCGGCGCGCUCUCGUGUUUGCUGCAGAUCAAAUAAAAAUGCAACUUUUUAUCGUUGGGCUUCUCCUCUCGAUGCUCUUUGCUCUCUAACGCUGGUGCUCCAGCACCACUGUCACUUUUACUAUGUAUGCUUAUGCGGGUACAAAAUAAAAUGCUUUUUCUCUUUGUAGGAAUUGAAUGGUCAAACCUUUUUAUAGUUUUCAGUAGUCUACAACUUUCCAGUUGGUCUAUAAGCGGAAUGGAUUCAAAAAAAGGAACUUUACUCUACCUCUCCCGAGAUCCUGAUGAAGAACAAUUGAUGAGCCAGCAUUUGCGACGAAGUAGCUGAGAAUAAAGUGUCAGUUCCACAACCAACUCGUGUGAACGUUGCAUUUCGCUUCUUCCUGUCUUUCCCUUUCAGCAUCUGCAAUAGUAAGGUUGUUGCACUUGUUCGUUGCGAACUGCAUGUGGUAGUCCUCCUCUCUUGGAAAAAUGCAGUGGGGGAUCAGGAAAUUGCGGAGAUUGUCACGAAAACGGAAAUAUCAAACAUUCUUCCGAAGGUAGAUGUUGUACACGGCCUUGAUGAAGCAAUGACGAGCAUCAAAAAGAUGAAGUUCCUUGCUCGAUGUGACACAGUUAAA